AUGAGCGAAUCCCCCUUGAACAAUAUAUCAGAUACGACAGAAGAUAACAAGCCAGAUGCAGUAGUCUUAUCGAACGGCACAGUUCUGCUAGCUGCGACAGAUGAAGAGGGAGAGGAAAAGGAGAAUAGCUCGGUGACAAAAGAAGAUGAACCUAAAGUCGAUUUGACCAAAUUCGUCGAUGAAGUGAACGGUGAUCAAGUUGUGAUACCUGACUCAAAAGAAACUGAACAAGGAAAUGAGAAUGGAAGUGAGGAUGAAGUUGAUGGAGUUGUAGGAGGAGAAACUCCCGCAAGAGAAGGAUCACCUGAAUCGGCAGAUCCAACUUCUUCAAUACCGAUUACAGAAGAAGCUACAAAUGAUGAACAACCUACCAUCAAUAUCGAUAGCAUCGAUCCGGAGACAGCACCUACACACACUAUAGCUGAACCAACAUUAGCAGAAUUACAUUCCUCACAUCCAAGUCCUAUUGUUAGAGCCGUGACCCCAUCUUCGCGUACUUCCACCCCUCCUCUAGGUUCUACCUCAUUAGCAAAGAAGAAAUUCAGUUCAGUAAAUGUCAAUCAGAAAUUCUUGAGUAAAGCAGGUAGUCCUAUACCUACGACUGGACCGACAAAAGUCUCGUCCAUAAAUGGCCGGCCAUCAUCGUCACCUGUCCCAAUUGCAUCUACUUCUUCGCGUCUUCUCACUACCAAACUAACCACUGUUCCAUCCUCCAAAUCAAAUGCUUCCAGCAAUCCUCCGGGAUCAACAUCAGCCUCAUCUUCGCCCUGGGCGAAACCUGUGAUCCCUCUACCUGCUGAACCUAUAGCUUCAUCACCUGCGCCGCCACCGCCAUCUACAACUCUACAUCAACCCGCACCGACAAGAGCGAGAGUUCUAGGUACUACCACAGUACCAGUAAUGGGAGCUGGCUUGGUCUCGGCAGUUGUACCCCCCAAACCUGCGUGGAAAGCCGUUACAGGCGAGACAAGAAAACCCGGAUUAGGAAUAUCCAGAGAUUUCCCUACGGCCAAGGAGGUAGCAGAGGGCAAAAGAGCAGCUCAAAUAGCAGCACAAGCACACGCAGCACACAAUCAAGCGAUCUUACAGGAACUCAAUACGUUCACCCAACUUGAUCCUGGUGCUCAUCGAUGGGAUGAGGAAGACGAGGAUGAUGAUGUAAUCGAUUUCGGCGAUGGUACCGGAGAACACCUCCAUCAAAUCGAACCCUCUGCAAUCGAACCUCCAUCGACGCAACCAGUAUCCAAGUCUGAACGAUUCGCAGAAGACUUUGAUCGAAGUUGGCCAAGAAGAGCGCCCGUGCCUCAAGAAGAGAUUCAACGAAGACCUGACGGAGACAGUGGUAGAGUGUUAUUUAACGCGUCAUCGAAUCGACUGGAGCUCCCCCGUCAACAAUCUCAGACAAAUAUACAGCCAACACGACUUAUGUCUCGUCCAACCGAUCCGACAAGUCGGCAUCAACCGCCCCAUCUUACUGGCGGACGAAAUAUGGAUCGACCUUUACCUCCUCAUCUCCAAGGUGAACAAAGCGGAUCAGAUAGAAUGCUUCCUCCUCAUAUGUCCCAUCCACUUCCAGACUCUCGAGUUCAGCCCUUGUCUUCCAGCGCAGCGCCCACUCGGUCUGCUUGGAGCAUACCCAGAGAAAAUGAGAGGCCCCCACCUCCCCAUGCUACAGAACGACGAGAACUUCCCUCACAAUCCGCAACGUUUGGCCAAUCACGAUCUCCCGAGAAAACCUUGAACCAUCUCCCACCUCGCAGGUCUUUCAGUCAUGCUGCUGGUCCUACAGUAGGAGAUGUACCUCCUGCUUCUGCGGCUGCCCCAUCAUCUGGAUCUCCUGCUGUCGGCGUCGAUGCCCAGUCUGCCGAAAUGCAUACUGCUGCUGAGAAAGCAAGAUUACGGCGAUUGGCGGAAGAAUCAGAACGAGAAGCAGCUGCAGAACGAGCCAGACAAAAAGCGAGAGUAUUGGAAGAGAGAUUCAAGCCGAAGUCUCUUAUAGAAGAGCCAAAGGUUGAAACAGCGCUUCCGCCCGCUUCAAUCCCGGGGAAGGUAAUGCCUCAAUUCACAUUAGCUCAGAGGCCCAAACCACCCCAAACCGAAUCAUCUGCUCCACCGCACCACAUACUGCCGUCCAGACCUGAAGCGGUCGGCGACAGACAAACUCCAGUUCAAGUUACCCGUGGUACAGAGUCGUCAUGGAGAAGCAGAAUGCAUCCUGGGCAGGAGAGUCAAGGUCCAGCUGAAUCGCUUUCAUCUCAACCUGCGACGAUCCUCUCGCAACCCAACACUCAGCAUAGGCAAAAUCGACCAACCGCCGAAUCCUUCUUCGAUGCUCAACCUGGAGAGCCGCCAAAAGUGUCACUAUCACAAACCUCUCCCGAUGCUGGGGUGCCAAAGAAGGAUGCCAUCUUUGACAGUACGUUGGCGAGAAUUCAGGCUGCAAUGGCGCAAAUGGCUGUCGCUCGAGCAACGCCCUCGCCACCUGCAAUCUUCGCAGAAGAACCCCUACACCAAACGAGACAAUCGCCGGAAGCAAUAACUGGUCAACUUGGUCAAUCACCUGCCCCAGCUCAACCUCCAGCCCCUAAAUCGGCUACCAUAGCUGUCCAAGAAUACUUCGACGUCACAUAUCCUGAACCACCUCGAUCACCACCACCUGUAUGGCGCACGUAUACCAUUAAAUUACCCAAAUCAAGUUCUGCUCGACAGCCAAUUUCUCGCCACCGCCAACAAGUCGCGGAAGGUCCAAGCGCACCCUCUCCAAACGGUUGGUUGAUGAGCUUCAACCCUCCUCUCGAAGGUGUCAAUCCGAUUUCCCUUUCUCGCUCGGACCUAUUACUGCCUCAACCUGUUCUGAGGCGAUAUCAACGAUCCGAACCUAUCGUCAGCAUAUCGCCAAGACAACUGGAACCCUUCGAGAAGAAAGUCAAAAGGAAGCCGUCGGUGGACGUCGUUCGAUCCACAGUAGAGAUUCCCAAUACUCCUGCAGAAAGUCUGUUACCAGCCACAACAACAUUCAAAUCGCAAUCUCUUCGAGAUCAAAGAAAUCGAGCGGACGAUUGGCGGCAAGAAGAAUCGCUUACUACUGUCGAAAAACCUAUCAUGCCAACUGCAGAUGAGCCUCCAAAGGUCGAGCCUCCGCCUAGAAAGACAAAGUCUCCUGUCAAGAAUUCCGCCGCUGCAAAAGCUGAACGAGAAGGCAGAUUUGUGUUUGAUGGAGUCACCAUUGGGGCUCCAACGCCAGAUAAGGAGAGAUUGGCCCUAUCUGAUAAACCUGGAGUUAGAUUCAUGGUCUCUAGUGAGCUGGAAGGCGAUAGUCUUUUAGAUGAAGUGAACAAGAUGAGUCUUGAGACUUUGGGUGAGGAAGAUAAAGCGCAAAAUGUUGAAGCUGUAGCAGCGAAAGCUGCUGGGCCUGAUGCGCCAAAGACUCCCCCUGUCCCUCGACCUGCUUCACCCAAUACCUCCGCUUGGCCAAGUGCUUCUUUGUCCUAUCCUGCUUCACACUCGCCCGCACGAACAUCGUCACAACAUGAUCAUUUGAAAUCAGUCUGGGAAGUUCAACAAGCUGCGCCAAAGCAGAACGCUGAAAGCAGUGUGGCUGCACCAAUGUAUCCAAGCUUAAAUGCACCAUCAUCAACUGAUCCCCCAGCAGCUCAAACGUUACCAGGAGGAAUAAAAAUGGCUUUUUCCAAUUCUCAAACGUUCUCAUCUCCCGGUGCUGGACCUUCGCUUUCAUCUUCCAAUUCCUAUGGAACACUCCGUCCUUCCCCUGCAACGCAUUCUCAAUAUAACCAGUUUGGUUCCCCUCAGUCUAUUCCAAGUCCAGAUACGCAACCACACCUCAAUAUGAUGGGAUUGAAUGCAUACUCUUCUUCCAGAACUGGAACUGCAACGGGGACAAACGGAUUCCAACAAGGUGUCUGGUCUCCCACUGCAUUUGGAACAUCAAUGGCUUCACCCGGAUAUGGCUAUACAGCACCUCCGAAAUCGGCUUCGGAUCAUAAAUCGCAAUCUCAACUACAAUCGCAAUCACCUAGUGGAACGAUCAGUUAUAAUCCCAAAUCACCAGAGACAAUGGGAUAUAACGGGUAUCCCACCAAUUCAUACCAACAACAACAACAGCAACAGUAUUCGACAUCACAAGGAUAUGGCAGAGGUAUCAACCAAUCUAUGUACUACGGUUAUGGUGCACCAGGACAAAUUCAAGUCGUCCCCCAACAACAACAGAAUCGACCUGUUGGAGGACCACAGAGUAGAUUUUCCCAAAUAUCCACAAACGGAGAAUAUGUCAACCUACAACAUCAGAACCAACAUCAACAUCAUCAACAACAGCAAUAUUCGAUAGAUGGUCAAAGUGGUUAUUAUGGUGGCUUAACCCAAUCACAAAGUCAUCAAAACCAACAGCAACAGCAGCAGAAUAUAUAUCAAAAUCAGUCCACCCAGAGUGCAUAUCCUCAUCAAACACUGAAUCAUGGUGCUGUAGGUCAAAAUCAAAUCGGAAGAGGUAUCGGUGGAUCAAGAAAGAUGUGGUAA